AUGUUUUCAGCUAUGAAUAUUUUAUCAUCAUUUACAAUUUUUGCCUUAUUUGUUUCAUUUGUUAGUUCUAAGUCACUAGAAUUUAGUGACAAAAAUUUCAUUGAUUCUUUAAAUUUUAAGAAUAUUUUAACACCAGUUAUUUUAAAUGAUGAUGAAAAUAAUCAUAUCUUAAAAAAAAGACAAGAUAAUUAUAAUAAUGAAGAUGGUAUGCAANUGUACAAGUGGAGACCCCUCAAAUAA